AUGCCCGACCCCUUCAGGGUUCUCGUCUUCAGCCGGACGACGGCAUACAGGCACGAUUCGAUCCCAGCCGGCAUCCGGGCUCUGCACCGUCUCGCGUCCGCUUCGGCUGCCGGGCGGCACCCUUUUACGGUGGACGACAGCGAGGAUCCCGCCGUGUUCAGCCCCGGCUCCCUCUCGGCGUAUCGCGUCAUCGUCCUCCUGCAGUGCUCGGGCGAGUUCCUGGACGGCGCGCAGCUGGGCGCCCUGCGGGGUUUCGUCCAGGCGGGCGGCGGGAUCGUGGCGGUACACUGCGCCAGCUUCGCCAUGCAGUCAUCCGAAUGGUACGGCCACCUCAUUGGCGCCGUGUUCGACAACCACCCGGAACCCCAGGUCGGGCUCGUCAAGCUGCUCGACCCGAAACACCCAGUCAUGUCGCUGCGGGCGUGUGACCAAGACGGCGGCGCCGACCGGCCAGCGCAGGAACCGCAGGAACCGCAGGAACCCAAGCAGGCGCAGCUGGAGCGCGUCUGGAAGGACGAAUGGUACAACUUCAAGGCGCACCCGCGGGCGACGUCCGACGGCCUGCACGUGCUCCUUGGCGUGGAUGAGAAGUCCUACGAGGGCGGGGCGCACGGGGAGGACCACCCGAUCGCAUGGUGCCAGACUUUUGACGGAGGUCGUUGCUUCUAUACUGCUCUUGGACACUUUGACGAGGCUUACGAGGACGACUGGUUCGUGGGGCAACUACACGGUGGGAUACUCUGGACGGCUGGUCUCGCUGAAGACCCGAGUGGAGGGAAUUGA